AUGUCGUUCCUCAAGAAGCCUCUGCGGAAGUUCAAAUCUGGUUUUAGUUCAAGUGACACUUCCAACGACUCGGUGUCCAGCAGGAUUGUUACCCCAUCCUCAAUAUCGUUGAACGACAGCGGCAAUGUUGACAGUGCUAUCGAUCGGGUCUCAAAUAGCGGCACCUCCACCCCUAAUAAGCGCCAGAGCCAGGAGUUUAUCCUAGCCCAGAGACAGAAGCGGAGUUUAGACAAGUCACGAGCGAAGGCCGAGAAUAAGAAGCGGGAGAGCUUGGCCAAAAUAGAGGAUGAGAAGUUCUUGCAAGAAGGGCCCGCCGACCUGACCAAAUUGUAUCGGCCCUAUAGUAUGAACAUGAGCAAGCGAUGGAACCAUGAAAACCGAAUCAACCUCAAGGAAUUGGAUUUCAGGGAAUCUGAAGGCAAAGUCAUCACAUUUCGUGCCCGUAUCCAUACCCUCCGCCCAAUGAGUGCGAAACUGGUAUUUAUCGUUUUCCGCCAGCAGACUAUGACCAUUCAGGGAGUGUUGGAAACCACCAAAUCCACGCGAGAAGACGAAGAUUCAGAAGAUAAAGGCACCGUUUCUGAGAAGAUGGUUCGAAGUGUGGAGCGCUACCCCAACGAAACGAUUGUGGUCGUCCGCGCCAAGUUACGAAAGGCAGUACAGCGAGUCAAGAAUGCGACAAUACAUGACUACGAGCUCGAUGUGUACGAGGUCCACAAGCUAGUGAACUUGACAGAGAAUGUCCCAUUCACAGUCUAUGAUGCGGAGAACAUCAAUCGCGAGAAGGAGGACACUGAGGAUGAAGAUGACAGCCUGCUGCCCGCUGAGGAGGUAUCUAAGAUUGGCACACCACGUCCGUUUCAGGAUGUUGUUAGGGCUUCUUUAGACAAGGCAAGGCCAGUCAGUCGCAGCAGGUCCGAUGCCAGCAGGCAAAACCGAUCGCUUCCCCAACGAGUCCGCUUGAACAACCGAGUUGUUGAUCUUCGAACCGGCUCAGCGCAGUCAAUAUUCCGCAUCCAAUCAGGUAUUUGCAACAUAUUUCGCUCGUAUCUUGAUUCGCAAGGGUUUAUUGAAAUCCAUACGCCAAAGCUUCAGGGCGGUGCGACCGAAUCAGGGGCCACUGUUUUUGAGGUGAACUACUUUGGACGUCCGGCUUUUCUCGCCCAAUCGCCCCAGCUCUCAAAACAGAUGUGUAUCGCGGCGGAUUUUGAGAAGGUUUAUGAGAUAGGUGCCGUCUUCCGUGCCGAAGAUAGCAAUACGCCGCGGCAUUUGACCGAAUACACUGGUCUAGAUCUAGAAAUGGCAUUGGAAGAGCAUUACCACGAGGCUCUGGACCUUAUUGAUGACAUGUUCAAGAACUUAUGGCAAGGGAUUUAUCAGCGAUAUCAGCGAGAAAUCGACAUAAUCUCGCAAUAUUAUCCUCAUGAGAGAGUCCAAUGGUUGGAAGAAACGCCUCGCAUUCCGUUCAAGGAGGGUGUCCAAAUGCUCAAAGAUGAUGGGUGGGUCGAUGACAGUGGGAAAUCGGUAGAAGAGACAGAAGAUCUCCCAACCAGAGCAGAGAUUCGAUUAGGGCAGUUGGUAAAAGAUAAGUACCACACCGAUUACUACAUUCUUGAUAAAUUCCCUGCUUCCGUUCGACCAUUCUACACCAUGCCUGACCCAUCGGACGACCGAUUCACCAACUCGUUCGACAUUUUUAUGCGAGGGCAGGAGAUCUUGACUGGUGGUCAACGUAUCCACGACGCGAAAUUCUUGGAAAAGAGGAUGAAGCAGAAGGGUCUGAGGCCGGAUACCAUGACAGAAUACUUGGAAGGAUUCCGCUGGGGUGCUCCACCACAUGCAGGCUGUGGCAUCGGUCUUGAGCGACUAACCUAUCUCUUUUUGAGCCUUGGUAAUAUACGUCUUGCAUCUCUGUUCCCCAGAGAUCCCAAGUCUUUUCCAGCCAAACCUCCCAUACUGAAACUCCGGCAUGAAGAAGCCAGCACCACAAACCCACCAUGGGACAGGGAUGGGCUUGAGACGACAGGAACGGGACUAGUUGCUCCCAUUGAUAUGAAGUCCCAGCUUCAACCACUCGAAAAGCUCAUUGCAAAUUACGGCGAUGCUGCCAACACAUCUUGGUUGGACAAGCGAUACCAGGUAUGGCGGCACCCGUCUACCGGAGCGGCACAAGGAUACAUCGUUUACAACAACUACCUCAUCGCCAUUGGGGACCCUUUAUGCGAUAAAAGGCAAUACCCUCAGAUCAUCUCCGGCUUUUUACAAUUUCUGAAAGAGGCAUAUAGAGGUAUCAAGCCCCUAUGGAUGAUUGCCUGCAAAGACGUAGAGGAGUACUUGGGCGAGAAAUUUGACUGGCGGACCCUCGCAUGUAUCGCCGAAGAGCGCGCCAAUCCUCGAGAUAAUCCCGCAAUCAAGGAUAGUGAUCUUGGGCGCAAAGUACGUCACGCGGAGAAAGAAGGCGUCAAGAACAUCGAACUACCUGUCAACAAGCCUGUCCCCGAAGACAUCAAAGCCAAAAUCGACGAAGGUAUUCAGCGGUGGCACUUCAACCGCAAGGGGAGCCAAGUCCACCUUACCCAGAUCCGACCGUGGGUAGACCAGGAGCAUCGUCGCUAUUACUACGCCAAAGGUCCCGACGAACAUAUGCACGCCGUCGUUGUUCUCCAUCAACUCUCCCCCAAGAACGGCUACCAAGUUAAAUUCUCCCUGGAAUUCCCUGGCGCUCCUUCCGGUACUAUCGAAUCACUCAUUCUCUUCUCCCUCAAGUCCAUCGCCAUCGCCAACCCGGAUCUAAAACAGGUGACCUUCGGUACAGGCGCACUUCCACAUCUCGAGGGUGGCCGGAAUCUAAAUGCCUACAAGGUGAAGGCGCUUAAGAAGGCAUAUGCGACGCUUAAUAAACAGUUUAAACUUACAAAUAAGAGCGAAUUUAGAGAGAAGAUGGGCUGUUGGAAUGAGCCUGUCUUUGUGUGUUAUCCACGUGGAGGGCUAGGCCCGGGAGGUAUUAAAGCAAUCAUGGGGUUCUUGCAGGAGGAUUAA